AUCACGUGUGGAUUUCUUCUUUCUCCAUGGCCAGCUUGUGUACUGCUCGCUGUUUCCUACAGCGUCCACUUUUCCGUCUGUACACUACCUCUGUCCAGCCUUCUCCCAUUCGAGAACAACUGACUGCUGGUGUUAAAAAUGCGUUGAAGAACAAGGAUCCAUUUACCUCAACGUUACUUCGCUCUGUUCUCUCUGAAGUCUAUGCUGCAGACAAGGCUAAGGGCCCCGUUUCCCAGUCUGCUAUAGUUUCCAUCAUACGGAAAGCCGUUGCUCGUCGGAAUGAUGCCAUCGACCAAUAUGCGAAAGCGAACAGACAAGAUCUCGUCGACAAGGAGUCCAAAGAAGUCAACGCAUUGGCAGCGUUUCUACCCCCACUACUAUCCGAGGCAGAGGUAGACUCGAGACUGCGUGCUGCUAUGGAAGCGGAGGGUAUCACUGCCGACAGUGACCCACGGAAGAGCACUGGAAAAAUUAUGAAGGCUUUCUACGCGACUGUGGACAAGUCCGAGGUUGACGCGUCCCUCGUAAAACAACGAUUGGAUCUUAUUCUACCUCAAAAGUAACAUGGCCCUUGAUCUUUAUUUCCAGU